GGGAGUUCGAUCGCCAGAUGCCGCAAGCCGGAUCAAAAAAGUGCUUGAAAACCAGUGAAGCCGAAGAAGAAGAUCUUACGAGUGGUCUCCUUCAUUGCGCUCACCUCGUCCUUCCAUGGCUGACCUCCCUUGAGCUUGCGAGCAUUUCUCUCUCCUGCAAGUUCCUCAAUGCCACUUCCAAAUCCAUCACUCUUCGCCGGAUUCUCGACGCUUCUAGAUCAAUCGAGAACAUCCCCAUCCCAUUCCACCCUUCAAUCAACGAUUGCCCUUACGCCUUCUUCAUCUACACCCCCACGAGCAUUAUCCCCGAUCACCGUAUCGAACGCCAAUGCUGGGGUUCAAUUUCUGAUUCACAGUCGAGUCAUGUUGGGAGCGAAUCGAUGAGUUUGGUCGAUGAUUUGGGCGGCGAUGUAUCUGGAUGCGAUUGCGAAAAUUGCGGGGAGUAUGAGUUUCAAUGCCCCUGUUCGAGCUUGGAUGGGUUGGAGGAUGUUGCUACCGAGUGCGGACCACGAUGUUCUUGUGGGCUGGAGUGUGAAAAUCGGUUGACUCAGAGAGGAAUUUGUGUUCGAUUGAAAAUUUCGAGAGAUGAGAAGAAAGGAUGGGGUUUGUACGCAGACGAGUUGAUUAAAAAAGGGACGUUCAUUUGUGAGUAUGCAGGUGAACUUUUGACCACCGGAGAAUCAAGAAGGCGGCAGAAAAUAUAUGAUGCUCGUGCUAAAGGUGGACGUUUCACUUCAUCUCUUCUCGUUGUGAGGGAGCACCUUCCAUCUGGAAAUGCUUGUUUGCGAACAAACAUCGAUGCGACCUGGAUUGGGAAUGUCGGGCGGUUCGUAAAUCACUCUUGUGACGGAGGUAAUCUAGUAACGAGACUGGUGAGAAGCACAGGCGUUAUGUUGCCUCGCCUUUGUUUCUACGCUUCACGAAGCAUAUCAAAAGAUGAAGAGCUUACAUUUAGUUAUGGUGAUAUUAGAGUAAAUCCUGAAGGUUUGAAAUGCUUCUGUGGUAGUUCUUGCUGUUUGGGAACUUUGCCUUCAGAAAAUACAUAGUUUCAUGAGUGAGAAUAGAAAGGGAACGGGAAGGAAAGGAAUUGAGAGUAGUUUGUGUUCAUUUCUCCUCGUAUUAUACUUCAUUUUAGAUAGUUAGUUAUGCCUAGUAACUUUUGCCCUCCCGAACAUAGCUCUAGCAGCACUGAUAGUGAUAUUAGAAACUAUUGGCUUCCCGAGCAUAGCUCAAUGGAUAGUAGCACUGAUAGUGAUACUAGUAACUUUUGCCAUCUCGAACA